CUUCAAUAUGGGAACACACGUAAAUAUGAACUUAUUGUGGAUAACCUGAGGAUUAUAAAUAAACACAGAUUAACAACUAGGAUUAAAAUCUAGGAUUAACUUUAAAUCUUGUACCAUCAAAGUGAAGACAGUAAAGGGAUUAACUUUAUAAAAAGACUGUGAUAUAGCCCUAGUUUGGUGGCAUAGUUUACCGUUACCAUUUUUUUCAAACAUACUGGUUUUAAAUCUUAAGUCAUUUCCACUGGAAAAAUAAAACUUUAAGACAUUCAAGGAUACACACAACCAUUUAACAAAAGGAUUGGAUUUAUUUUGUGCUUGUGAUGUGCAACAAUAGUCAUAAUGGAGACUAAAGCAUAUCUACAUCCUACUAUUAUUGUGAUAAUAACACUAUCUUAUUAUUUAUUAUUACCAUUACCUGUUAGAUGUCAAACUGAAGUAAACUUCUGUACUAAUGAUACAUGUGAUAAUAAUGGAUCAUGCUAUGAAGUAGAAAAUGAUUUUGGAUGUAAUUGUUCGGAAGGUUGGACUGGUAAAACCUGUAAUAUUUUGAAGAACAGUAACUGUUCAGAUGGACCAUGUAAAAACAGUGGACAGUGUACCCCUCAAACACCAACUGGGGGUGGUCAAAGUUUUAAUUGUUCAUGUAUGGAUGGAUAUCAAGGUUCAACAUGUGAAGUUGUAGUUGAUAAUUGUGUAGAUAUUCCUUGUCAAAAUGGUGGAAACUGUUCAGUUGAUCUAACAAAACCUGACUUCAUUACUUGUUCUUGUCCUGAUGGAUUUGAUGGUCUCAAGUGUGAAAAUAAUAAAAAUGACUGUUUGUCUGGUGUAUGUAACAAUAAUGGUAUAUGUGAAGAUUUAGUCAAUGAUUACUAUUGUAAUUGUACUGAAGGUUGGAAAGGUAGAAAUUGUGAAGUCAAUAUUGAUGAAUGUAAUGAAACGUUGCCAUGUCAACAUGGUACAUGUACAGAUACUCCAGGUUCUUAUAUUUGUAAUUGUAUUGGUACUGGAUAUAAUGGCUCAAACUGUGCUGAUGAAGUAGAUGAAUGUAAUUUACCUGUACCGCCCUGUCAGAAUGGUGCUAGUUGUACAAAUACAGAAGGAAGUUAUGAGUGUAAUUGUACAAUAGGUUAUGAUGGUACAGAUUGUAAUGAACCAUCCUGUGAUGAUAAUCAAUGUAUUAACAAUAGUACAUGUACAAUUACCAACAACAACAAAUGGAAAUGUAAUUGUAUGCAAUUUUAUUAUGGUAAAUUUUGUGAAACGCCUGGACCAUGUACCAACAAUUAUUGUUCUGCUAGUAAUACAAACUAUUGUAGUCAGAAUGAAGCAGAUUUCACUUAUACUUGUCAUUGUAAACAAGGGUGGCAAGGAGAGAAUUGUACAGAAGAUGUUAAUGAAUGUGAUUCUAUACCGUGUAAGAAUGGAGGAACAUGUAAUAAUACAGUAGGAUCUUAUAUAUGUGACUGUGCACUAGGUUAUACCGGUACCAACUGUACUAUUAAUAUUGAUGAUUGUCAGAAUAAAUGUCAGAAUAAUGGUACUUGUACUGAUCUGGUGAAUGAUUUUAAAUGCCAUUGUCCUGAUGCGUAUUCUGGUAAAACUUGUGAAGUAGAUGUUAAUGAAUGUGAUAAUGAUAUUCAAAUAUGUCAAAAUAAUCAGUCUUGUGAAAAUACUGUUGGUAGUUAUAUCUGUAAAUGUACUCAGCAAUAUCUAGGAAAGAAUUGUGAAUAUAAUAAUCCUUGUAUGAAUUUAAAGUGUGAAAAUGGUGGAGAAUGUAAUAAAACAUAUGUAGGUGAUACUGAUAGAUAUGAAGGUCUAUGUGACUGUGUAACUGGAUAUGAAGGUGUUUUAUGUGAAAAAGCAGGUCCAUCAAUAGAUCCAGUAGAUGAUUCUAUUGAUAUUUGGGUUAUUAUUGGUCCUAUUAUAGCAAUUAUCAUUAUUAUAGUCAUUAUUGGUGUAGUGAUAUUUUUAAUAACAGCUAGAAAUAAAAGAGCAACUAGAGGUCAAUAUUGUCCUAGUCAACAGGAAACCGCAGGUGCUAGAGUUGAACUUGGCAAUGUUUUAAAACGGCCGCCAGCUGAACGAUUAAUAUGA